GAAUAAUGUAGACUGAUCAUUUUGUCGAUAUGGAAGACGUCGGUGUAACUUUCUCUCUCUCUCCCAAACGCUCAACGCCAUUCCCUCCACCUCCCCCGGAGGGUUCCCUGGGUGGAAGACAUCAUCAGGCGCUCCAGGAGGUUGCAGAAAGCCGGCCGCGUCAUCCUGUGGAAUGGGCGGCGCGCGGACGGAGGGUGUUUUCCAGCUUUAAAAGCACCGGAGCCGGCUCCUCUGACAAACCGAGCUGCGUCAUCCCAACUGUGGAGACUUCUCAAAGAACCUUCACCGCUCAGAAGCGAUCCGAAACCCACCUCAACCCGGUUCCAAACGCUGCCACUCGUCCUCCCCCCCUCUCUCUUCCUUCCCCUCUCCGAUACGACGUACUCCUCUCGCUCGUGCUCAGAAGAACAGUUCACGCUCCCGUUUUAAAGAUUCCGAAAGCGAGUUAUGCCUUACGGCGUGUGACGCAACGCAGCGCUGCCGCUCUUGACUAGUACCGUCGGCGAAGACGUUGGUGCACGUUGAGCGCAGCCGGACGAAAGUUGCGCGUCGCUUGUUGAAUGCAGGAUACCUCCAGCCUGAGCGUCAAAGCCAAGUUCAACUUCGGAGCAGCAGCAGGAGCAGCAGCCGGACAGGAGCGGGGACUCCAGCGUCUCAAAUCUACCGCCGCCGCCGAUAUGAAGUCUGCAGAGGAAGAUGCAUACAACUACACACCAAACGUGAGUCUUCCAAUUGGCAUGGGCAACCCAUGCCUGUCUACGCAGUACCACACCUUGCAGUCCAGUCCUGUCAUCCCAGUCUCCUCUUGCCACCAGACUGGCUACAGUGUCCAAAAUGACAACCAUGCCGCGUCAAGUUACUACUUGCCUCAAGCCUUGAGACCCAACGGUGCUCCGGCUCUGGAAAGCCCUCGUAUAGAGAUCACCGCCUAUAGCCAAUACCCGGAGGAUGAAGUAGAAGCCAGCGGCAGAGAAGAUCACAUCAUCAAACGAGGCGUCAACUCCAUUGUCACACUGACGCUGCCGAAUGUGGAUGGGUACCGUGAUCCAAGCUGUCUAAGCCCCGCGAGCAGCAUAUCCUCUCGCAGCUGUAACUCAGAGGCCUCGUCCUACGAAUCCGGCUUUUACAACUACGACAAUUCCCCGCAGAACUCUCCCUGGCAGUCACCCAGCGUUUCGCCCAGAGGGUCAUCCUCACUUCUGUCUUGUCCACAUGCCAUCGGUCCCGCAGCCUCUCCUCAUCAUUCGCCCUCCAACUCCCCCCAAAUUGGCGCAAUGGCAGAGGAGGGAUGGCCAGCGCAGCCACGUGGGUCCCGGCCGAAUUCCCCCUCCUGCAGUGGAGUUGGCGGAGGCAACAGCGGUGGCAUAGGCAAGAGAAAAUACAGUUUCAGCGGCUCCUCUUACCAGCAGACAUCAUGCUCACCCAAUCAAUCACCCACCCCUUCUUCACAUGGUUCCCCGAGGGUCAGCGUCACAGAUGAGAACUGGCUUACCAACACCAACCAGUACACCAACCUUGCCAUUGUAGCGGCUAUUAAUGCUCUCACCACAGAUGGAAUGGCUGACAUGGGGGAAGGAAUUCCAAUCAAGACACGGAAGACCAUGCUGGAUCUCUCACCAUCCAUGAGUCUGAAGGUGGAACCCGGAGGUGAGGACCUGGGUCCAGAAGGGGAGCUUCGACAUGACGAGUACCCUUCCCGCCUUAGCCUCAAGAAAGAGAAUUACUGUGGAGGGUUUCUGGAUGUACCACAGCAUCCAUACUCCUGGUCUAAACCCAAGCCUUACCUCAGCCCCUCACUGCCGGCUCUUGACUGGCAGCUGCCGUCCUGCUCCGGUCCGUACAGCCUGCAGAUUGAGGUGCAGCCAAAGUCCCACCACAGGGCCCAUUAUGAGACGGAGGGAAGCCGAGGAGCCGUGAAGGCGCUGUCUGGGGGACACCCUGUGGUUCAGCUUUAUGGCUACAUGGAAAGCGAGCCGCUCACCCUGCAGCUUUUCAUCGGGACCGCAGACGAUCGCCUCCUGCGACCGCAUGCCUUCUACCAGGUCCACCGGAUCACCGGCAAAACCGUCUCCACUGCCAGCCACGAAGUCAUGCAAUCCAACACCAAGAUGCUGGAGAUCCCUCUGCUGCCAGAAAACAACAUGAGAGCCAUAAUCGACUGCGCAGGAAUCCUGAAGCUGCGCAAUUCCGACAUCGAACUGCGCAAAGGGGAGACGGACAUCGGUCGGAAAAACACCCGCGUGCGAUUGGUGUUUCGUGUGCACAUCAACCAGCCCAACGGCAGGACGGUGUCCCUACAAGUUGCAUCAAACCCCAUUGAAUGCUCUCAGCGCUCAGCUCAGGAGCUUCCCUUGGUGGAGAAGCAGAGCGUGGAGAGCUAUCCCACCACCGGAGGCAAAAUGAUGCUCCUCGGCGGCCUCAACUUCCUCCCCGAGUCCAAGGUGGUGUUCGUGGAGAAGGCACAGGACGGCCAUCAUCUGUGGGAGACAGAAGCCAAGGUUGACAAGGACUCUGUCAAAACUAAUACUCUCGUUGUGGAGAUCCCACCCUACAGGAACCAGAGAAUAUCCAGUCCUGUGCAAGUCAACUUCUACGUCUGCAACGGCAAGAGGAAGAGGAGCCAGUACCAGCGCUUCACCUACGUGCCUGCAAACGUACCAAUAAUAAAAACCGAGCCCACUGAUGAGUAUGAUUCUCUUGGGAGUGUCGGGCUGUCUAUGCAUUCAAAGCCCUACUACGGCCAGCCCAGGCUGACGUCCAUCAUGCCUGUUGCUGAACCUGACCCCUGCCUGGUUGGUGGCUACCCUCCUUGCCCGCCCCGCCAUGCUGCCAUGCCACCGUCGUCUCCCAGCUCAAGCCCCACCCUGCACGAUCUGUCCCCUGUUGCAUACAACAAAUGCCUCCCCAACAGCCCAACUCGUGCCACACCACCAGGCACCGUAGCGCCCCCCAUUCAGGAGACCCCUUGCUGUCCAAGCCUUCCGUACCCGACAUCGCCAGAUCACAACUCUUCCCUAGUGGUGCUCCACUCCCAGGGCAGCCCGGGCUCCCUUGGUUACCAGCAUUCCGUCUAUGCCAACAGCAGUUCCUCGUCCUCCCCAGUGUCUCACCCUUCCACUCCUGGCGGGCCAGCGGAGACACCAUUUUUUCAAGCGUACAGCCCCAGCCAGGCAGAGGCUUCAGGCAGCUCAGCCCAGGCUGCAGGAAGUCCGCCCAGUCUGCUAGCUGAAGACGCCACUCCGCCUUCAAUGGACAUUACCAUCAAGCAAGAGCCCCAGGAACUGGAUCAGAUGUAUCUCGAUGAUGUGAACGAGAUCAUCAGGAACGACCUCUCCAGCAUUUCUGUGCACACUCACGCGUAGACGUCCAGAUGUCUUCUGCUGCAGCACAGCUCCGCGCACACACACACACACACACACACACACACACACACACACCCCUGCAGCAACAUCAGCCGAGGGAUGACACACACAGACACCCCCGCGCGCGGAUACACACGUGAAAAAGAAAGCCAGAGGUCCAGAAAAAUGAAGAAAAGAAGCUUUGACGAAGAUCUCCUGCCUGGGUGUUUAAAGUCAGAAAGCGGCUGCAGACUCAAACCGACAAUCACCGGCAAGCUCUGUUUGAAUAAACAAGGUGAAUGUCGUGUCGAAGAAGAAGAAAAAAAAAAUGAAAAAAAAAAAAAUAAGGGAAGUGAUAUCAGGGGCAAAGUAUGUGACUACACUUGCCUUAAUUCACAGCAGAUGUUCUAUUAGUGGACCAAGCAGUUCAAGAAGACUGAAUUGCUCCUCUUAAAAUGACAAUCUUCAUCUCAAGUUGGCGUUAACAGGAUAGCUGGGCGGUGUCGGGCCUCGUUACUUUGACUCAUUCAUCAACAACCAAACUGGUGCCUUACAGCAGUCCUACUGUCCAAACAGCAGCAGUCAUGUGCAGAUGGUUCACCGAAGCCCAAAGCAGAAGUUUUUAUGUCAUAUAUAUAUAUAUAUAUAUAUCAUUUCAAUGAUUUGUUUACAGAGGAACAGAGCAAAAUGUUCUAAAACACGUCAGGCGUAUGUGAAUACAUGGUAAUCGCUUUUUACCUGCUUUCCUGUUAUUAUUAUUAUUCCUAUUAUCUUCUUUUUCAUGUAUGCUGAAUGUUAUGUAUUAUAAUUCUUUUGUAUAAACAAAUCUGGUAAAAAAAAAAAAAAAAAGAAACAACUAACUAAAAUGUAUGCCUUAUGCUUGUAUCAUGAACAUUUCCCACUUUUUUUUUAAUCUUCAGUUUCUCAUUUUGCUUUUCACCUUAGUGCCUUUAUGUUUUUCAAACGCAACGUUUCUCCGUCUUCCAGCCCUCGUCCCAGAUCACGUCACACCGAUGCAAAGACAAUCAGAGAAUACGAAGUGCAAAUCUUUAACGACAAAAGUUCCCAAUUAGCAGGAGCUUAUAAGUAGGAGUUGACCUUUUUUCGAGCAACGAGUUAGCUGAACAACGGUAUGCGUACCUGCUGAAAUUAGAAGACUUCUUGCGCUGCAGGCGUGCCUGUAAAUAGACAAAGGGAUGUUGUUUUUAUAUUGUGUUAAGUGAACCACAAGCUCAGUUCUGUUCAUGGUUUUAGAGAGGAGUUGGCUGGACUGUUACUUAUUUUAGAAGGUGGCAAUAAUUGAUCUUUGUCAACCAAAGGAUUUUAUCUUUGGUGAAGUUAUUGUCCAAAUUCUUUUUUUUUUUUUUAUCUGUAUGAUUCUCGUACAUCAAAUAUUAUGCACUUUACAGCAGACUUUCUUCCCUUCAGACCAAAUAUUUUCGAGUGAUUCCCUCUGCUGUGUCACAUAUCAACUCUCGUCUGUAGCCUCCCCUCACGUUAUCCGUCUUACGGCGCAUGCACUCCAUAAUGUUGCUGGGAAUCAUUUAGCUGACCGUAGCUUCCUGAAUAGCUUUCCCUACACAUUUGUGGACAUACUCUGUAUUAGCAUGACUAAACUGUAAGGAUAAGGUUUCUAUUUUGUGCCUUACGCUCUUCCAUGGCUUUAAAAAAAAAAAAAA